UGGUGUUGGAUGAGAUUCUAGGAAAUAUAAGUAGUAAUAAAAUAGCCAAAAAUAAAAGUUCAAGAUUGUGUAAAUAGGAAGUAUUAUUCCAUGUGAUUAUGGAAAACAAUGAUGUGCAAAACGAAUUAUUUGGCAUGACACAGGCCUGGUCAAGGUACAACGACUAUCUAUACAUCUUAACAAAUCAACUACUCUCACUCACAUACGCACACAAAUAUUUCGGCACUGAAGAGAGCGGCAGUGUGUUGAAGGAAAUAUUUGACAAUUUAUGUACCGAAAUUGAAGCUUUAAAAAAUUUCGAAAAUAACAAUAAAGAUAAGGGUAUCAAAUAUAUUGAAUCAAGAGACAAUUUUAACUUUGAUAAGAUCAGUAAAAUAAUAACGGAGAUUUUAAACAACACCAGUGGUAAAAGGUCAGAGUCGCUAAAAAGGUUGGGAAGAAGAUCGUCAGCAGAUUCCGAAGAUCUUCAGAUUGAAGAGCUAAAGUCAACCUUCUCAGACCAGUGCCCAAUUUCAAGAAGUACAAUCAUACAGCCACUCACACAAAAGUACUGUAAUGACAAUAACACCUGCGAACACAUCUUUGAACGUAGCAACCUUCUACAAUUCUUGAAUAAGAAGGAUUCGAUAACUUGCCCAGUAAUAGGGUGUAAGAAAAACAUUUAUAAAGCGUAUUUACACAAGGAUUUGGAACUGGAUUAUUUUAAAAAGAAACAGAAAUUCCAUAAACACAUUGAAAAUAUCACCUCAAAACCUCUUUUCUUUUAA